AUGAAUAAAAUCGAAAUUAUUAGCGCCCUUCAAGAUGACGAGGAAUUUAUGCUACAGCUUUUCAAUCGCCUGAAGUCUCCUUCAACGUCCGACGCUUACCGCCGAGAGUUGGCCCUUUUCGUGAAAGAGUUCUGCAACUUGUCCGUGCAGACGGACCAAAAGGACAACUUCCUUAAUUGUCUCUUUUCACACGGUGCCUUGUCUACCGUUGAAGUCUUGUUGAUGUUCGAUGAUCGGGAUGUAAAGGCAGCAGCACUCGAGAUAUUGCAUGCGUUUGUUGAAAAUCAGCCAUCCGUCGUCCGGGAGUAUGUAUACAAAGAUAACAAUCAUCUGUCCGAUGACAAUCGAAUUCUCAUCAAUCUGAUGAUCACACAAUUGCUUAAUGACUCUGAUCCAGGUAUUUAUUAUUUUGCGAUGCUUAAGUCCUUGUAGAGCUCAGUGACGCCUUUCUUCUGGGCUAUAUGUUGAGGAUGCUAAUAGAUCCAGACAAUAUGAACAAUACAGGCGGGGUAAGCAUACCGUUCCUGUCAGCUUAGGCACUAUAGUUAUGAUUAUUGCUUUCUGUUUUUUUCCAGUGA